AUGCUGUUCGACCUGUUUACAUGUCCGGUGGGGGUCGCCUGUGGCCUGCCGGAGCCCAGGUUGAUUGUAUUGGCCCUCCCAGCCGUCCCUAUCCCCGACACGCCUGGUGAAGGGGCCAGUACCUGUCUGGUCGAUCAUUGUACUGCCUCGCACCUGCUGGCAGUCGGCGCUAUACUGGCCCACCUAGGCGUGGACACGACAACGAUAAUGGUGUUCGUACGAGUGGUGGACGCGUGCAACACUAUGGGCGACCGGGCUAGACGGGACCUGGUUAUCUGUGGUGGACGCGGAACACUACGGGUGAUAGUGACUGUUGCUACUGUCAUUGGUUCGGCCAUGAGUGCCACCCGCUCCAAGACAAUGUCUGCCGACGUCGACUCGGCCGAGACGGAGAAGACGGUGACGUCCACGGAGGCGAGCGCGGCGGCCGACAAGGACAUGAGCGGUGACGUUCACCCGUCUGAGGCUACGCUGUGA